CAGUGGAGGGGGCACGUCGGCGCUCCGACUUCCUCCCGACGCCGCCUCUGAUUGGCUCCUGGACAUGUAAGAAACCGGUGAAUGAGCGCCUGGCCCUUGCAGAAACUUGCUUGAGGUCUUUGGUGGCAUUGCCCUUUCCUCCUCGUCAACCCGGCAGGCCAGCCGAUCCGGGGGAGGAUGAGGUCGUCGUGUGUCCUGCUUACCGCCCUGGUGGCGCUGGCCGCCUAUUACAUCUACAUCCCCCUGCCAAGCUCCGUGUCCGACCCCUGGAAGCUGAUGCUGCUGGACGCCACUUUCCGGAGCGCACAGCAAGUGAGUAACCUGAUACACUACCUGGGCCUCAGCCAUCAUCUGCUCGCGCUGAACUUCAUCAUCAUUUCUUUUGGCAAGAAAAGCGCAUGGUCAUCUGCUCAGGUGAAAGUAACAGACACUGACUUUGACGGUGUGGAAGUCAGAGUGUUUGAAGGCUCUGCAAAGCCAGAAGAGCCGCUGAAACGCAGCGUUGUUUACAUUCACGGAGGAGGCUGGGCCUUGGCAAGUGCAAAAAUCAGGUAUUAUGAUGAACUGUGUAAAGCAAUGGCUGAGGAAUUGAAUGCUGUCAUUGUCUCCAUUGAAUACAGGCUAGUUCCAAAGGUUUAUUUUCCUGAGCAAAUUCAUGAUGUUAUACGUGCCACAAAGUACUUCUUGCAGCCAGAAGUCUUACACAAGUAUUCAGUUGACCCAGGCAGAAUCGGCGUUUCUGGUGACAGUGCUGGUGGGAAUUUGGCAGCUGCCCUGGGCCAACAGUUUAAUCAAGAUGCCAACCUAAAAAACAAGCUCAAAGUGCAAGCUUUAAUUUAUCCAGUUCUUCAAGCUUUAGAUUUUAACACACCCUCUUAUCAGCAAAAUGUGAACACCCCCAUCCUGCCCCGUUACGUCAUGGUGAAGUACUGGGUAGACUACUUAAACGGCAAUUAUGACUUUGUCCAGGCAAUGAUAGUUAACAAUCACACUUCACUUGAUGUGGAAGAGGCUGCUGCCCUCAGGGCCCAUCUAAACUGGACAUCCCUCUUGCCCGCAUCCAUCACAAAGAACUACAAGCCUGUCAUGCAGACCACCGGCAAUACCAGGAUCGUCCAGGAGAUCCCUCAGCUGCUGGAUGCCCGCUCAGCCCCACUCAUCGCAGACCAGGAAGUCCUGCAGCAACUCCCAAAGACCUAUAUUCUAACCUGUGAGCAUGAUGUCCUAAGAGACGAUGGAAUCAUGUAUGCAAAGCGUUUGGAGAGCGCAGGUGUGGAGGUGACCCUUGAUCACUUUGAGGAUGGCUUCCACGGAUGCAUGAUUUUCACCAGCUGGCCUACCAACUUCUCAGUGGGAAUUCGGACUAGGAAUAGUUACAUCAAGUGGCUGGAUCAAAACCUGUAAAGGAGUGAAAUUUCUAAAAGGCUUGAGCCCCUCUUGAUCUCCUGCACCUGCUCUGGAAAGACAUUCACUCUUUAGUUGACUAAUUUCCCCUCGUUACUUGAGUUAUGGAAUCUCUAUUCCCUGCAGACUUUAUGUUAAUUUAAUUUUAAAAAAUGCUUUUGAGUAACAUAAGUGCAAAAACAUCUGAAUCUGGUUCUCUAAGUGAGCCAGUCUCUCUGUUCUGGUUUUAACCAAAUUACUACUAACACCCACAGCUGCAGAAAGCAGGGCUAGGAGCUGGAAAUAGCUUUGGGUCUUGCCUCGGUCAAGAAGUUCUUUUUAGAAGAAAUUCUACCAGCUGCAGAUGACCUUCAAUGAGUAAAAAGAAAAUGUGGGCUCUUCAACUUGCUAGAGUUUACUUUGAGUUAAGAGCAGUGUUAAAUGUGUUCACUUCAAGGUCAGUGCUGGCUACCAAGUGCCCUCUGUUCUUUAUGGAUGGAUGGCUUUGUUUCCUGUGGGAAUUUUGGCAGAGCUCUUCUAGCAAGGACAAGUUUCUCAAAUGACUUUCCUCCUUUAGAGUGUUAAUUUUAUGUGAUAGCUGUCUCUAAGUCCAGUUGGAUUAUGAUAAUACUUGAAAGUUACUUUCUACCACUAUUAUUAGAAAAUAUGAGGCUGCAUGCACUGGAUAUCUGUACAUCGUUAAGUUUUUUGGUUAUGCCACCUCCCUGGGGGAGAUCUUUUGAGAGCAAAUUAAUUUAGAUUUAGAAUAAAUUUUCCUUUACAGAACAAGUAAAAACAGACAAA